AAAAUGAAACGAAGGGAUAUAAAUACUGAGAGCUUCUUUGCUAGGGUUUGUGGCUGCUCCCUGAAGAACUAGAAGCUUGAGAAGCAGAGUUGAAGGAGGCUGUUUGUGUUUCAUCGCUAGAGCGACACCAUGGGUCGUAUGCACAGUCGCGGUAAGGGUAUCUCUGCCUCAGCUCUUCCAUACAAGAGAACUUCGCCAAGUUGGCUCAAGAUCUCUUCUCAAGAUGUUGAGGAGAACAUUUGCAAGUUUGCAAAGAAGGGUCUUACACCAUCCCAGAUCGGUGUGAUUCUCCGUGACUCUCACGGCAUUGCUCAGGUUAAGAGUGUUACUGGAAGCAAGAUCUUGCGUGUUCUUAAGGCCCACGGUCUUGCUCCUGAAAUUCCAGAGGAUUUGUACCAUCUUAUUAAGAAGGCAGUCUCUAUUAGGAAGCAUCUCGAGAGGAACAGGAAGGACAAGGAUUCCAAGUUCCGAUUGAUUUUGGUUGAGAGCAGGAUUCACAGGCUUGCACGUUACUACAAGAAGACCAAGAAGCUUCCCCCAGUGUGGAAAUACGAGUCAACAACUGCAAGCACACUUGUUGCUUAGGUUAGCAGCUAUAGUCACCGCAGUAGUUUUGGAAUCAAUGAUGGAUUAGAACGAAGGAAGAAGAUGAAUUUAAUUUUUGUUUCUGAAUUUGGAGCUCUGUAUGCUGUUAUUUAUCUUCUAAAUGGGAGGCAGGAAAUGACUAAUUGACUUGAGAUGUUUAUUUUGUUUUUGGAAUAUACUACUCUUUAUUAGCUGUUUCAA